AUGAGGGCACCCGACGGCACUGAGUUCACCGAUCGCGCCGAGUAUCGCAAGUAUCUCUUCCUCACGCAGUACACUUUUAAGGACAGAGAGGGCGAGAUCUUGCGCAAGCUUCCGGGUGACAUCGAUGGUCAGCCGUUUGACCUCACCUCUCUCCGCCGCUGCGAGGUAGCGUUGCUGGAUCGCUCAGAAGCUGUCCAAGUGGAUGAACUCUCUGAUUGCAGCACAAGGGACGGGAACUUGAAAGAUGCGACAAAAAAAGGUUGA